AUGAACAAUGGUCAAAGCAACAACAACUCAGACCAGAGGCAUCUGCCCGUCGCCACCAACUAUCUCGUAACUCGCGAGGCGUACAUGAGGCAUAUGGCCCAGGUUCAUGCCGCUCGCGCCCAACUCGACAACUAUACACGGGAUUUGGAGUCCGGCUAUCAGAAUUUUGUCGCGCAGGAGCAGGAGCUGUUAAGGCGUGUAGAAGAAGGUCGCCAGGCAGAGCAAAUUCUUGCUCAGCUCCAGACGGGUAAUCCUCAAGUCCAGGGCUUACUUCCCGCACCCUCUCCUGCGCAAGCAUCGUCGGUAGCGGCAAACAGUCAGACCUGGCCCACUUCGGUUGGAAACAACCUCCCGGGAAAUAGUGGCUUGGGAGAGCCGACUCGAGGCGGCCGCGUCUUGCAUGGGGUCUCUGGCCCGUCACGACAGACCUCAAAGUCGCCAUACUAUCGAUCUCAGGCCGCUACCCCUCAACAGCAACCGUAUUACAGGGAGCAUGUACCGUCUACGGGAAUCUCAUAUGAAGCACAUGGACUGAGAUCAAAUAUUGUGGACUAUAUCAUUUUGUCUGUCUUGGACAGCAUGAAAGGGGAUCUUCCUGCUGGGACUGUUCAUAGUGACAGUCUGGCUAGGGUCCAAAAACAGCUACCAGAACCCACAAAGAAUCAGAUUAACCUCAUUAGUAAAUAUGUCUUCAAACAACUAGAGGCUCUGAGUCCUGCCACUGUUGUUGAGAUCAUCAGAAGGAUCAAGUCUAAUCUCAGCAACUCAGCAACUGUGAACACCAAGGCUCAGCAGUUUCCAGUUGUUAAUACUGCAUCAAGUCUUCAUAUGCAACCUACCCUCAACCCAGCUUCUACCUUGGGUUUCAAUGUGCCUCAAGGACUUGCUGUGCCUGUUGUGCAGCUAAGUGGAUCUGCUGCCCAGACACAGUCAUUUUCUAGCUCUGUUCCUCAAUCUUCCACGACAAGCUCAAUUCCAAUAAAUGCAACUUCCUGGAUCCAAGGUACCCCAAGUACCAUGCCACCUAGUGGUCCCAUACCAUCCAAUCCAAAUGUUCCACUCGAUACAUUUCCACCAUCUCAUUUAAAGCCUGCAUUCCAUCUCCAGCUACCUCUGCGCACUCCAACAGCAACCACUCCCAGCCAACGAGGUCCUUCGCCUGUCUCUCGCACUUCUACGAGUCCCGAUAUCGUCAUCAUUGAACCGCAAGAUGUGCAACCUCGUCCCCAGCCCGUUGCGACUACAAAUCAAAACUCGAUGCCCGCGUCUACAGCUCCGAUUGCUUCACCACAAACUGGCGCCAUGCGCUCCCAGGCUGCCAGUGAUGCAUCUGCGACGCAGGUUCCCGACAGGCCACGCAGUCCCUGGACGCCGAACAAGGCAAACAAGAGCCGUCUCGCGCAGGAUAUCAUGCGCUCGCUGGGUCGCCCGAGAGACACAACUGCAGUCGCCACCAUGGUCUCAAGCCAGCGGCCUCGCAGCGAGCCUUCCACUAGCCAACCUACUGAUGGUCCUCCGUCCAUCAGUCGACCUCUUUCCUCCCAGCCACCGGCUAGCCAACCGUUUGUCAGCCAACCGUCCUCGUUUCAGCCACCUACCAUCGUGCAGCCCGCCGAGGUGCGUGCGACACCGCCGGUUGACGCCGCGGAUGGGCCAAAGAGGAAGAGGACGGAGUCUUUGUCUGCGCUGGUGACUGCUUCGCCAUCACUGCGGAAGAAGCAGAGACGAGAAUCUCCUGAGGUUGUGGAGAUCGCCACAGAUGGCGCUCUGGAGCUCGAAGUGUGGCAGCGUGUCAAUGUGGAGAAUGGACGAGUGGGUGAUGAAAGCGGCAACGAGAGUUCCGCGCCGGAUAUGACGGCGCUACGGCAGGAGGAAGAGGAGGAGGAAGACGACGACGACGAGCCGGAGCGACACGCUCCUGUGCAGGCAGGUCCGCGCAGCCUCGUUAACGAUCCUUUGUUCGUGGCGGCUCACAAUUUCGCAGCGUCUGUCUCUGUUCUUACGGACGCUAUGCGUGCGCUGGACGGCCUGCCAACAUCCAGUGGCGCCACAAAUGAAGGUGCGCAAACCGGUGCCCACCACAAUGCAAUAUCCAGUCGAACUUCGGAGGCAUCGGCGACCGCGCCGCCACCGUCUUCCUCUGUCUCGCCUACCCUUCAUGCGGCCGAGGCGUCGACAGCGGUUGACGAGGAAAUGUCGCAAGAGGUCGGGUUGUCGUAUGAGCAAACACCGCUGUUCCUACCAUCCCCCAAGAGCUCUCCGGGCGCGGGGUAUGCAGACGUGGACACGGACGAAGACAUGUCCAUGGAACCUUUCGUAUUGGACACAAGUCUUUUGGGUCCCGGGGCAGCCUCCACCAGCAGUCCCGUGAAGCACAAAUGGAAGGGCAGGAUGAGGCAAAUCCUGAGCGACGAUGAGCUGGAGUACGCCGACCCGCCUGCAAAGUCCAUGGUGAAGCCGGCCUCGAGCGCAAAGUCAACGUCGCGAAGUAUUACUGGGAGUGGCUCAAGCGAAGUCUUUGUUCUGGCGCCGCCCCUCCCGACAUGGGCACAGCGAUACAAGGCGCGAGAGGAGAAGCGAGCGGGAAAGCAGGUACGCCGGUCGCGUAGCAUGUCGGUUGUCAUCGUCGGGGACGAGGAGGAUGAGGACGAGCAGCUGGAUCGCGAUAGUGACGCGACAGACGAGGAGCGAGACGAGCAAGAGCAAUUGCAGAUGGAGGCCGUGCAGCUGUCGUACACGCGCCUGCGCGAGUCGCCGUGUCGGUGGAGAGGCUGUGGCGCAUUCUUGAACUGCACGAUGAAGCUGAUCCAGCAUGUCGUGCAACACGCGCAGAAGAACCACGCAUCGGCUGACUCUGACUACCGCAAGGGCGCGUACAUGUGCGAGUGGAAAGGGCACCAGAACCAGCCACUGAAGGCGACUCCUGCGCCCUUCCAGCCUGCUCCACAACAGCUGGUGCCAUUGCCUUCCAAGAUGCCAACAUAUAUGGCCAUUCCUAUGCCAGUCGGACACAAGGCCGUCUCGAAAGAGCGGCAUCAUUGGCUCGGCGCCCAGGUGCUCGAGAACAUCGCGUCAUUCCGGUGGACCGGCCGGAGGGUCCAUGCGGGCGUGCCCUCGCGCACGGCUCGACAAAUGGCGGACAUGGUCCGGGCCGUUGAAGAGGGCGAGGUCCCCGCGGCGCAGCUGGAGGCGCGGCGGCGGAUGGCGCACGACGAGUACGACGGGAUCGCGCCGGGGAAGCUGCUCAGGGCGCGCUGCGAAGAUAUCCCGUCGGGCGAGACGACGCGCCUGAUCGACGAGGGGCUCGUGCUGUUCCCGCCGCCGGACUGGGAGGACGAGGAAGUGAAGGAGGAGAUGUAUGACGUCGAGCUGCUCUAUGCGCACGGACUGGAGUGGCCUGCGGCGCGUAGUAGGAUGACAACGCCGGACGUGGGUGAGAUAGCUGAUUUGGGGCAGGGUGGGAGCGAGGCUGCCCAGGCGGUGGCGGACGCGGUGGUCAGCUUCGUUGAGAGCCCAUCGCACCAUCAGUCAAGAGACGAGCAGCGUGAGUCGUUGCCCGGGUGGACGGUACUGGCGACGGAAGAGAAGGCGGAAGACCAGGAUAUGGUGGGGAUCUUAGUUGAUAUAAUGGGCCCCGAGAAGACAUGUCGUCACACCAUCCUCUCCGAUGUGCGCCUCAUUCGACUCGCCCAUGAUACGCUGCAGGCCGUGAACGUAUUCCUCGAUGAGCUGCUCUAUUCCAUCCUGUCUGGUGCGCGCGCACUGGUGCCUGAACGUCUUCGGGCGGCGCUACUGAAGCUGGUACCCACGAACCUGGGCAAGGACGCCCUGCUCGAGGCGGAAGUCGAACUCAAGUCGUACUGGGAGCGCAUCAGGCGCGCGUCGUCGUUGUCGUCUUCGUCGUCCCGGUCGGCAACCGCCGCUGAAGGUGAUCGCAAAGCAGUGCUUCUUGGACUCGGCCCCGCGUUGCUAACGUCUCUCGCUUCUGCUGCCCAGCUGCUGCGCCUUAAAUGCGUGGCAUACUCUACCCUCAACGACGCGGACGAGGACGCCGACGCGGAGACUCGACUUCGAGAGCGCAUGGAGGCGCGCGGCGCACACAAUGCUCCCAAGCCGUCAGACGUAUCUCCUGCAGCGCUAUAUCUGACUGCCAUCCUAGAGCAUGUCCUAUCAAAUGUCAGCAGUGUCACUGCCCGCGAUAGCAGCCGAGCCAUCGCGAAUUCGCAAGAUCUUUUCACUGCGUUGUGCGAAGACGACGCGAUCUACGGCACAUUCAAAACCAUGAAAGGUAUGUUUCAGAAUUUGGAUUCUGAUGAUGGCGUAUACGCUACAGCGUAUGAUCAGAUAGAGCAGCUGACGAAAGCGCAACGACCGCGGCGAAGCAAGUCGUUUUCGCGUAACAGCGAUCGCGUCGUGUCGCCAACUCCCACGGCGUCAGAGAUCCGCGACUCGCCUGUGGCACACGCGCGUAGCGAGUCGCUCAGGUCGAACAUAACGGUGACGGCGGUUGGGACGUCGGAGCGGCGUAUGUCCCUUGAGAAGAGCCGAGGGCGAGCUGGGUCGCUGAAGCGCAAGUUGCUGAGCCACAGCCGGUCGUCAAGCGAGAAGGAAUCUAUGCUGGAGAUCUCCCGGCCUUCAAGCGAUGGCGGCAGGAGCCGGGGGUCCGCUGAUUUCGAGAGCACUGAAAGGCGCGUCGCGGCACAGGAGGACGACGAUCUCCUGCAUGAGUUUGACGAGCUCAUGCGCUCGGGGGCGACGAUGAAGGUCUCGCUGACGCCGGAGAGGCUCAAGUCGAUGGAGGCGCACAACCGCGCGCGGGCUCUGCGCGCGAGCCAGCGAGGCACGGGCGAAGACGGGCAGGGCAGCGAGCGUGGUGGCGAGGGCGAGACUGCGGCCAGCACGCCGUCGCCGACAGUGGGAGCGAGUGAGCGAGCGCGCGCGCCAUCGAGUGUGGGACGCCCAGUGUUGCACCACGUGGACUCGAUCAACGAAGACGAGGAAGAGGCUGCUAGUGCGCCUGUCCCUGGUUCUACCGGAUCCGCCAGUCCCCUCCCCCGUACCCGCCAGAGCAGCAAGAGCUUUUCAGCGCGCUCACCUCCCUCCUCUGCUAACCGCACGCGCUCCAUCUCCAUCUCAGACAUGCCCCAUCCCCGCCACGACACCAUGUCCCGCUCGUCGUCUACCGCCAGCCAGAAGCCCCCGUCCCAGAUCACCUCUCCCACGCGCGGCCCACAACGCUCGGCGUCCCGCCAGAACAGCAACGGUGUGCCUGCGCGCAUGCGCAAGGUUGUGCGUAACCGUGAGUCGAUCGACCUCGACGACAUCAUGGGCGGGUCGGAAGGGGAGGGGGACGAGGCAGAGGAUCAGGUCGAAGAGAUAAGUGUGCGCUCAAAGGCUCCGCGCCACGGCGCUCCCGCCAGUAUCGCAUCGCAGAGGCAGCCGUACAUCUCCCAGUCCGCGCGCGAGCUUAUCGCGUUCCUCGACGAGGGCCCGCCAGAGGAUGCUGAUCCCCCGCGGCCGUCGAUGGCGAACGCGAGCGUGCUGUCCUUCGAUUCAUCCAAGAGCCGCUCGGGGCGCUUCUCGCGCAUGAUGUCGCGCCUCACUAUCGGCGGGUCCAUGGAGAAGAUGGGCGGCCACAGCGAUGAUACGCCGAGAACGCCCAAGACGCCCCGCUCGCUCGGGCGCAAGCCCAGCACGAGCAACAUUCCCCCACCGCCAGCGUACAGGCCGCCCUCUCUCGCAUCGAAGCGGUCCUUCCCCAGUGUGGUGAUCAGCUCGCCUCGCUCUGUGCAGCCGCCGCCGAUCCCGGUGUCGCCUGAACCUUUGGUCACGUCUCCCAGUGUCCGAUCGCCGUCGUCUGCUGUUAGCGCACCGCCUAUGCAGGCCCGUUCCCUUUCGGCGACAUCGCAAGUAUCUGUACCUGAGGAGUCUGGCCAGCGCACGCCUUCCCCGCGACGCGGCGGUAGUGUCCGCAAGGCUGUCCCGCCUUGGGGAGACGGUGGUGCCGAGCGUCCCCCCGUCCCCGCUCGCUCUGCAACCACAGACUCAGAUACUUCUGCCCCAUCUCGCAAUGGCUCGGUGCGAGGCGAGGUUCAGGGUCUGCGCCCUCAUCGAAAUGGAGAUAGCAGUCCCGGGGAGCAGCACUCUUCCGAAAACGAUGGGCCGCGCCAGCGCACCUUGUCGAUACAGACGUCCAUGCCGCGACCUGUGAACGGGCGCAUGAAGACUCCCAGUCCCAAGGACGGCGAACCCAGACUCCUUUCCCCGCCAACACCCCGGCGCUCCCCCAUCCCGCGCAAGCCACCUCCGUCACCCAUUGAAAGCGACGCUGGACCCGCUCCUCUACCGCUUGCGUCGCCCACACCAUCCACGGGUAAGUCGAGCAGGCGGUCGUCGAAACUCCGCACCGGGAUCACGUCCGCGGCGGUUGCGGACCUGCGGCGGCUGCUCGCCGCGGCGACGAGCGCGGACGAGUGCCGGCUGCUCAUAGACAUGUUCUUCGCGCGACACGGGUACCCGUAUGGCGCCGUCGCGGUGGACGCGUCCGACUUCCCUGCGCCGCCACCGCUCGAUGACAGGAAGCUGACGAGCUUGAGCGAGCUGGAGUGCUCCCUCGUGGAACUGUUCCUCGGCGGCGACCCGGGGUUGGGCGCGAGCGGCGUGGAUAUCCCGGCGGGGGCGAAGCUGGACCUCCACGGCACGGGCAAGGCGUUUCCCUCGCCCUCGAUGGCUGCUCAAACGUACGCGGAGCAUCGCGCAGUCGACUACGGAGGACACCCUCGUCGACGAGCCGACUUCGCCCAUCGUGCUCAUACAUAA